GCGAGUGACGUCAGAACGUAUCCGAAAAUUUGAACUUCCUGAAAUGAGCAAUUUUACGCUUGACUUUCAAGAAACGCCUCGCAAACAGAUCGAUUACAGAUCUGAUUAAACAAAAAGCAAACAAAUGAGGUGCAGUAUCAGACUUGCCUAUCUUAUCCUGUAUAAUCUGCUUCAGUUUUGCGGUCACACAUGGAUUUUUGCCAACCUGACGGCCAGAUUCUUAUCUUUUGGUGGAGACGCCCUGGCCGAUACCUUCUACUCGGUCGGUGUGGCCAUGAGCCUCUGUCAGCUGCUGUCGGUGCUGGAGCUCUUCCACAUCGCAGACGGGAUAGAGAAAGGAGCGCUCCUGCCUCGGUUCGUGCAAGUUACAGAGAGGAUUUUCCUGUUGUUUGUGAUCGCCACCCAAGAAAACAUUCAGAGUAAAGCCAUAGUCUGUGGCUUGUUUUACCUGUGGAAUAUUCUCGGUUUGCUGCGAUAUCCCCACGGACUCCUGACCCUCAUCAACACUCCAUCCUGGAACAUGCUGUGGGCCCACCACACCCUCUGGAUUCCAGUGUACCCCCUCUCGGUGCUGGCAGAAGGGCUGACUGUUUGUGAAGCACUGAGAACAUUCUCGUCCCAAGUGGGGCAUUCGGUCUCUGCCUACGUCCAUCUCCCCUACAUCCUCCAGGGCUACCUGCCCCUGCUUGUCGUCGGGGCCUGUUUCACCGAGUGGCGGUUGCUGAGGGAGCGAAAACAGCAGCUGGAAGGUUGGAGCAAAAAAAUGAAAAGGAAGUGAAGCUUCAGGCCCGCCUCCUUGCUGGGGGGGGGGGGGGGUGGGAUUUGCUAAGCAGUGUUUGAAAGCCUUUUACGAUGAAUCCCACUUAACCGUUAUUCCGCCCCCAUGCCAGGAACACAGAAAUUCCCACACUGCUGGUGCAGGACAGAUAAGACACAAGGCUGUUUGUUUAUAGCACUUCUUUAAUACACGGUCACGGUCUAGGGCGCAGAGAGCAUCAGGGCGAGGCCACCCUGAACGUCAUUCACCGCGCCCCUCCCACAGCAACACUGCGCGCCCGUUCCUCCGUUACGCAAACACUGCACGCAUAUCAAUGACAAGCAGCACGGUAGAAUUAAAUCACGUCUCACACUACUAGCUUUGUCAUUUACAGAUGUGCUGAAUUCACGCUACAGCCGCGGGCGACAUAAUCACAGCCUAUUGGUGCGCAAAAUGAUCAUGCCCCACCAUGUGACUUGACUCACUCCAUGCCAAUCUGAGGAAAUAAUGGUGCUAAGCUGUACUGUUCGGCGGUAUCGUCACAUGAAGAUCACUGGAUGGGGGCCGGGCAAGUCUCCAGGACACUUCUGCAGGGUCCUGUCACCUCCACCCUCUUCGGGUUGCUCCAGCCAAGCUGUCAGGACGCCAGUUUGGAUCUACCAGCCAUAAGCUCGCGCCCAGACGGCCUUCUUCCGGAAUUCGGGGAAGUUCCUCAAUGCGGCGAUGGCGGCUGUUUCCGAAAAGGACGGAAAGGCAGCUUGUUGGGACGUUCCACCCAAACACGAGUUCUCAACGCCCACAUGUCAACAGCGCAACUCUGAAGCGUUGUGGAGAUACCAGGAAGCGACCCAGGGAUACAGGGACUCACCUUUGGCAGCGGAGACGGACGACUCGGAUAAGCUCUGGGUCGGGCCCUCAGCGAUGCUGAAGAGCCAGUCUAAAAACUACAGGGGUGACAGUCCCUGGUUAAUUUUAACUGCCCCCAAAACCAGUUAAGCUCUGUUCCAGUCGGCAGCUGGGUUCAUGUGAAAAUAGGAAAUAAACAACUUAAGAUUUGUUUGUUCAACUGUCAGUAAUCAACGUUUGUCAUCUUUGCAAGUGGGUUCAUGUUUAAUGCGAUGUGACGAGGGUUGGGGUGUACACUUCUGCAGAAGGCAAGGUCAUCCUGCAGUCCGCUCAGACUUCAUAAAAAUAAUCUGGCAACCUGGCAGCUCCCAACCUGGCAGCUGUGGUUUUAAUCUAUACCCUGCUGGGGGAAACGCUUUUGUAAACUCGACGAUUUAAUUGGCCGAAACCGAAGGAGGAGGGAAGUGGCGGGCGCCGCUGCAGCGCGUCCACAGGCAUGGCGGCUGUGCAUUUCCUGCAGUCCUGCUGGCUGCAUUUCCUGCCAUUGCAGAUAAACAAAAGAUAAACAAAAGAUACACCACUCAACCAGCUGUGGGUCUGCUGCGGGGUGACCAGCUCACGGCAUUCUGCAGAAUGACACCAAAAAUGGUGGGGGGGGGGGGGGGCGGGGUGUAAUAUAGCCAGAGAUGGUGAGGGCCGAUUAUGUUGUAUAUGCAGUGUGUCAUCAACCUUCUGUGGGUCAUGUUUAGAACUGGAUAAAAGAAGAGCUGUAAGUGGACAGGGGCUUUGUAGAUGGGGGAGAACGCGAGCUGAGAAUUAAAAUAUGCACAAUUAUUGAUAAAAUAAAAAAAGUUAGUAAAAUAAA